UGUGUCAGUAGGGCAGCGCUCCGCGCGGCUCACAUGCAGGGCGCACAUGCGGCGCGCCCGCGAUCAGGCGCGCCGAGGGUCCGAAUGGGAUCAGCUGACUCCCCCGCCCCUCCACGCCGCGCCUCCUCCAAUGGAAACGUGAGGGAAAAUGAAAGAAGGACAGAAGAAAAGAGGGGGGAGUGCCUGCUGCGUGAAGUUAGUGGCUGAACAAGGGCGCGAGAGGACCAGCCUCUCUCCAUGCAAUAACAAAAACAAGGAAAGUAAUAGGGACAAAGGCGCAAGUCACAUUUGGCAAGCACCUAAAAACGUGGCUGCUGUGGGUGUAGCGUGGUGACGGGGGGUGUGUGUUUCGCUUGUCAGUUCUGCCUUAAUGAAGUCGGAGGAUUUCUUCAAAACAGACGCUCGGUAGUUGUGGUCUAUCACUUUCUUGCACAGGACACUGCAGCGGAGCUAAGCGACCCAUCAGUAGAGAGCGGACCGGUGACACGGCAACACAGCGCUGUCAACGCACCUUGAAAACACGCUCAUUAUUUCCAUUAAUACGAUACGGACAUUACGUUUUUUUUCGGAUGGCAUGAGGCAAACCCUCUCAUGCACUGCGAUCGGGUCGUUUUCUUUCAGCUUCUCGAGGAACGUUUUAUAAACAGCCAUUUCAUGACUCUUUCACCUAUAUCGACGCGACUUCUUGUUGACACAGAGAAAGCACAGUGUCACUUUGACUAAAUACGCUGAAACACUAAGCGGACACAAGGAUGGACAGCAGUCCAGGGGGUGUGAUCCUGUACGCGGGCUCUGCCGGCAGUGCCAGCCCCAGCCCGGGCAGCCCCUCCAGUGGGUACCAGACCCAGUCUCCCUCCUCCCACUCCCAGCCUUCAUCUCCUGAGGAAAUCUCCUUCACCGAGAUCGGUGCCCUGAAGCAGAGGGGGGCAGGGGGCACCCCUCCAUCUCCCAAACUCGUCUUCCAGUUCCCUGACAUGGCCACCACUGCCACAGCCCCUCAAGUCCAGCAAACCUACUCCCACCCUAUGGUGGGCAAGAGACCUUGUGGGUUCACUGGGACAUUCACUAAGACCGGAGGAAUGGUGCUCUUGUGCAAGGUGUGCGGGGACAUUGCAUCUGGCUUCCACUAUGGCGUGCAUGCCUGCGAGGGCUGCAAGGGCUUCUUCCGCCGCAGCAUUCAGCAGAACAUCCACUACAAGAUGUGUGUGAAGAACGAGAACUGCCUCAUCAUGAGGAUGAACCGGAACCGCUGCCAGCACUGCCGCUUUAAGAAGUGCCUGUCUGUGGGCAUGUCCCGAGAUGCUGUGCGCUUUGGCCGAAUCCCUAAGCGGGAGAAGCAGAGGCUCCUGGACGAGAUGCAGAGCUACAUGAACAGCCUGAAUGAAUCCACAUCCAUGGAUAUCGAUUCAUCCCCGCCGCCUGAGACCCCGCCCAGCUCCGGAAGCAGCCAAUCGGAGGAUGCCAUAGGGGCCAUAUCGCGAGCGUACCGCAACAUCUUCGUGAACAGGCAAGAAGGCCUGGGCAAGAGAGGCAACAUGAACAACAACAACAGUCCGCCAUCAUUUCAGAACGUCUCGUCUCCAGAUCCUGGUUGCGGCGAACCCCGGUCCCAUACCUACCAAACGCAGGGAUACCCCCCUUACACCUCUGCUGGGUACCAAGCCCACACCAUCCCCCACUGUCCUGUAGGCCCACGUGACAUUAACCCCUCGUAUGCCUUUGUCGACAAUGCCUCUCAAGGCUACCAGUCUUCAGCCACCGAGAAUCACGGCCAACCCAAAGGCUACCCAGGCAAUUACAACGAGUACUCAGAUGGCGAGUCGCAAUCCCAGAGUAAAUGUCCCUGGAGAGCAGGAGGAGGCACCAAAGUUCUGGCCUGCCCCCUCAACGCCUGCCCCAUCUCCUCGGGUGUGCUCACCAGCCAACAGGUGUGGGAGUCCUUCUCCCAGUGCUUCACACCCGCCGUGCGUGAGGUGGUGGAGUUUGCCAAGAGCAUCCCGGGUUUCCAGGGACUCAGUCAGCAUGAUCAGGUCAUGCUCCUCAAGGCUGGGACUUUCCAGGUCCUGAUGGUGAGGUUCUGCUCAUUGUUCAACCCCAAGGACCGGACAGUGACUUUCCUGAAUGGGCAGACAUACCCCCUGACAGCCCUAAGGGCUAUGGGCAUGGGCUCCCUGCUGGACGCCAUGUUUGACUUCAGCGAGAAGGUGGGAGCACUUGGACUGGAGGCCGAUGAGAUGGCACUCUUCAUGGCCGUGGUGCUGGUUUCCGCAGAUCCCUCGGGGCUCGUGAACACGGGAGCCGUGGAGCAGCUGCAGGAGUGCCUGAUCCGGGCCCUGCGCUCGCUCAUCACCCGCCGCCGGCCCGAGGACAGCACCCUGUUCCCCAAGCUCCUGCUUCGCCUUCCGGACCUGCGCACCCUCAAUGCCAUGCACUCCGAUAAGCUGCUGGCCUUCCGCAUCGACCCAUGAACCGACGGUCUGCCAGGAGCGGUCCAAGCCCCGCCCCCCCAUUCCUUGUCACCGGCUGAUUUUUACAUUUCCAUGGGGCACGUCAAGAAGCACUCCACCAUUCAUUUGGCCGUCGUUCUCCGCAAUGGACGCAGCUCUCGUCAUUCCUUUUCUGGGAGGGAAAACUCUGUAAUUACCUCCUUCCAGGCACCAUCAUAUCCUCCUAUAUAAGGCGCUUAAACUCUGUUUCCCUGUGGGGUGAUCUGAUUGGACAGGCAAGUUUCUAGAAUCUGGACCCCCACCUCCUUAAAUUCCACCUGCCUGUUUCCAGACCAAAAUGGGGCAUGCUUGUUCACUUCUUAUAGCCACAUAAGCCUGGUGCUGGGAAAUGGGGAGAAUGAACUGGUCACCUGGGGAGUAGGUGUACACUGAAACACAUGUGCAGAGAUAAGGGAACAUAUAUAAAUAAAAAAUUAACCUAUACGUGUUACCCAAAGUGGGAAAUUGCCCUUCCCAUUCAUUAAUAAAGACCUAUAUUGGAAUAAAAGAGUAGAGUAGGUAACUAUAGGACGGUAACCUUUAGCAAGUUGCACAUGUACUGCAUUUAAUGACUGUAGUUCUCUAAACUGCAUAGGAUACAGAAAAGACACAUAAUCAGCAAGUGAUUUUGCCUUUGGGCUCAGGUGUCAAAAGUGAUGCGAUUGUUAUUUUCUAUGAAUCUCCUUCGGCAGCGAGGCAGACGAUCAGCAUAGCCCUGCCCUUGUAAUUCCUCCUCUUUAAUUACGUGUUUAAUCAGGGUGUUUUUUCCCCCUGUUUGCAUGUGGGGCUCACAGAUGCUCUCUGUUCUUGUAAAAACUGCAUUACAAGUGGCAGCCAUGUUCUGUGUGGUGCAGUUGCUGUGUCAUAAACAAGGGAAUUAUUAAAGGGUUCUUUUUUAGUUGGGCAAUGGGUGGGGGGGCUGACAGUCUGAUUGGGAAUGAGAGGAUGGGACAAGGAAAGGACAUUAUAGGACAGCUUGUGUCCCAUGCUUGGUUGCAGCGAUGACCUCGCUGAUUAGCUCAGCAAUGUCCACCUUGGCUGAUGUGGGUUUCACAGGCACCUCUGGGACCUAAACUUAGGAAUCUGUCACACAAACUUGUCAAUAGCACUUAUGGGACCUAAAUGAUGAAUCCAACUUUGUUUUGUUUAAAACGUGUAUCAUGACAUCUAUGACAACUGCUGGUUGAUCGAUAACCCCUUGUAUAUUUUGUAAAUUGUUCCUGCUUUAUCUUCUUCCAUAGAUACAAUGUAAGAAUGAUAUUAUGCAG